GAAUCCCCUCUAACAGGACAGCUUUAAAUUGUUUGGAACGGGAAAGCUCUUGGAACUACUGCCAACAUGGGGCUGUUUGAAACACCAGUGACCUCAUUUCUCCUGACAAUGUAUCUGUAUCUUAUCAGCACUCAGCAACAUGUUCAUGCUGAAACUUUUGCUGAUAUUGCAUUUUUGGUCGAUGGAUCUCAAAAUAUGGGACCCCAAGCAUUUAAACAGGCACGGGCUCUUAUCUUAAAAACUGUGACAAGGCUGAACAUAGGAGAUGAUGCACACAGAAUUGGGCUUGCUCAGUACAGUCAUGAUGCACAAGUGGAGUUUACUUUCAAGACAUUGAGAACCAAGAAGGACGUAUUGAAUUACCUAAAGAAGAGGUUCCAGUAUAAAGGCGGAACAUUACUAAAAACAGGCCUGGCUUUGGAUUUUCUGCAUAAAUCUUACUUCACAGCCGACGCUGGAAGUCGAAAAAAUGAAGGCAUCCCCCAGAUUGCAGUAUUAAUUACAUCUGCACCAUCGAAUGAUGAUGUUGAAAUUUCUUCUACUUCUUUAAGAAAUGACGGAGUGAUAGCUUUUGUCAUUGGUGUAAAGAAUUCAGACUUAAGCGAACUCCAAAAAGUUGCCUAUCUUGGAAAUGCUCCAUUCGUUGUCAAGAGGGAUAACUUUAUUGGUUUUACAAAUUUAGCAGUGGAUUUAACUAAAACAGUCCAAAAUAUACAAGAAUUUUUAAAGGUGGAAGUGACCAAACCACCAGCAGUGUCACCAUCUAUUCCCAGAAGGCCUUUGGUUCCAGAUGGACCCUGUCCUGCAAUUAAUGUAGAAGACUGCAUCGUUGACAUUGCUGUUGGAUUUGAUUUCCCUGGAUGGUUCGGAUCACAGAAUAUAUUUAAUGGUCAACAACAAUUGCAACUAAGGCUGGACGAAUUUGUGCAGGGAAUUACAUCUGCGAGUGAUAUUAGUUGUAUGUCUGGUGUUCAGCCAGAGAUCAGAGUGGCGUUUUAUGCAAAAAGUGACACAGGCCAGGUUAUCUUUGACACAAAAUUUGAAAACUAUAGCGCUGAGAUAAUUCAUAACCUCACAUCAACACAAGCUGUGUCCAAAAUUGAUUUAAAUCUUGAGACAUUGGAGGUGCUGGGGAACAAAUUUGGAGAAACAACUUCAAAAGCAAAAGUCAUGCUUAUAUUUACAGAUGGCUUAGAUGGCACCAAGGAGAACUUUAAAAAAACAAGCAAGAAUCUGAGAGAUAAAGGAGUCAACACCCUCAUCACUGUGGCUUUGGAGGAUAGUCCAGACACGAACGACAUCCGUUUCAUUGAGUUUGGACGAGGAUUUGAAUACAAAAAAAAACUAUCCAUUGAAAUGGAGGAUGUUGGAAGUGCUUUGCGUAGACAAAUAAAUGAAGUUGUCGAAAAAGAAUGUUGCAAUAUCCCUUGCAAGUGUACAGGAGAGCCAGGUGCACGUGGUCCUCGGGGAAACAAAGGAGAUGAGGGAAAUCCAGGCACAAAAGGAUUUCCAGGUUAUCCAGGAGAUGAAGGAGGACCAGGUGACAGGGGCCCAGCAGGUAUAAAUGGAACUCAAGGAGUGGAAGGAUGUCCUGGCUCCCCAGGUCCAAAGGGGAAAUCAGGGUAUCCAGGAGAGAAGGGUAGUGAUGGGGACCAUGGUAUUGAUGGAAUAGCUGGAGAACAGGGAGACCACGGAAAUCCAGGAGCACCUGGCGAAAAGGGAAACGCAGGAAAUCCGGGGAAGAAAGGCCAAAAAGGAGAUGUUGGUGAACAUGGAACACCAGGUUUACGUGGAAACCGUGGUGAACUCGGCAUCACAAACAAUACUCAGGGCUCAAAAGGUGAAAGAGGAGACAGUGGACGUCCGGGUGAUCCAGGAGACGAUGGUAAUCCAGGAAAACGUGGGGCUGCAGGAAAACCCGGUGUCCAUGGUCACAGAGGACCACCUGGUAAAAAUGGUCAGAAUGGAAAACCAGGAAAACGAGGUCGUAAAGGCGAGCAAGGAUUCCACGGUCCAAAGGGACCACCAGGUUCAGCUGGUCCUUCGGGUCUUAAAGGAGAACAAGGAGCUCGAGGUCAACAGGGCCCACCAGGAAGUCAAGGACAGAGCGGACUUGAUGGCAUCAUUGGAUUAAAAGGGCAAAAUGGUGAACCAGGAAAUCGAGGAGAGAAAGGUGAAAGGGGACCAGUGGGACCCCGUGGGCUAAUGGGGAUAGAUGGCAAAGAUGGAAUUGGUCCUCAAGGCAGAAACGGGAGAAAGGGGGAACAAGGACCACAAGGCAACUUCGGCAGAAAGGGAGAAGAUGGACUUCCUGGUCAAAAUGGAGGACAAGGAGCCAAAGGAAUGAGAGGGAACAGGGGCAAUGCUGGUGAUUCUGGUGAUCCUGGUGAACCAGGAGAGAUGGGAUUUACUGGAUUAAGGGGUCCCAGAGGACGACAGGGCCUUUCAUUCACACCAUGUAACAUCAUAUCAACUGUGAGAGCUAACUGUCCUUGCUGUUUGCAUAGUAAGUAA